ACGGAGGUAUCAGUUUCGCCAUACCAAUCUUGCUAGAUAGUCUAGUCCGGUGUUUGAUCGCAAACCGUCAUAAUGUGGUUGCUACCAAUAUUUAUACUUUCCAGUGUCGUACUAAGUGGUGCCCAAAAUGUAGAAAAAGUGCUCAAAGAAAGACAAUAUCUUAUGGAAAAAGAACUAUCAAUGAUGUUGGGUAGCUCCAUAGAACUCAGUGACAGUGAAUUAAAAGCCAAUGAAAUCAUAAUGGACCUUAAAAUGAAUGAAAUCGAGAAUGGGUUUUUGCAUCCGAACAAUUUUAACCUAUCGAAGCAUUUUUUCGAGUACAAGGACCUAGUGAAGAAAAAGAAGUUGUACAAAGUGCUAAAGGAUAUGCCGAAAGGUGCAAUACUUCAUGCUCAUGACACAGGUAUUUUGAGUCCAGAUUAUAUGGUGGAAUUGACGUACUGGGAUAACCUGUGGGUAUGUUUUUUUAAAGGCAACAAUGAUAUACAGUUUCAGUUCAGUAAAAGAACACCAACAAGUUCUUGUGGCUCUAAGUGGAAACUUAUGAAAGAUGCAAGAAAAAGUGCUCCUAGUUUAACAAAAUUUGACGCAAAUUUAAGAACACACUUUACUUUGGUAAUUGAUAAACCAAAUGAAGUUUACACUGAUGUUAAUACGGUAUGGCAGAAAUUCCAGCGAUACUUUAUUAGCUCUGGUCCACUGUUGACGUUUAAACCUGUAUGGGAAAAAUAUUAUUACGAUACAUUGUUGGCCUUGAGAGAAGAUAAUAUAAUGUACCUUGAAAUUAGAAGCGUUUUACCAUCCCUGUAUGAUUUAGAAGGGAAUACUUACGACCCUGUUGCUACGGCUGAAAGUUACAGGCGCGUAACAGAAAAGUUUAUGAAUGAUUAUCCUGAUUUCUUCGGCGCUAAAUUGAUAUAUGCACCACUAAAACUAGUAAAUAAAAGAACUUUGCAGGAAUACAUAAAAACAGCUAUGGAAAUUAAAGCUUUAAUGCCAGAUUUUUUGGUCGGUUUUGAUUUAGUCGGGCAAGAAGACUUAGGAGUACCAUUAAAAGAGUUUAUGCCUGAGCUGUCGCGCCUCUCUGAUGACAUAGACUUAUAUCUUCACGCUGGAGAAACUAACUGGUAUGGUACAACGUCAGAUGAGAAUUUGUUCGACGCCAUAGCUUUGGGAGCUAAAAGGAUAGGCCAUGCAUUCGCUUUGAUAAAACAUCCUUUGCUGAUGGAAGAGGUAAAGAAACGGGAAAUAGCUUUGGAGAUCAACGUGGUGUCAAAUUCUGUGUUGAAAUUAGUUGAAGAUGUGAGGAACCAUCCUUUAGCUGCUUUCUUAAGUUUGAACAUGCCUGUAGUUUUAUCGAGUGACGAUCCCGGCGUUUGGGAAGCAGAGCCUUUGACCCAUGAUUUUUAUGUCACAUUUGUUGGUGUGGCCAGUCGUCACGCAGACCUUAGGUUACUGAAACAGUUAGCACUAAAUUCCCUGUUUUACAGUUCGUACCCUGAAAAAGAUAAGCUGGUGCAUGAGUUUGAUAUCCGUUGGACGAAGUUUAUACAUUCGAUAGUGAAAGAUCACUGGCACGGUAAGAAUCUCAACGAUCGAACGUUUCUGUCUUAAUAAGUGUCUCUAAAUAUUUAUUUCUAGGUAUGUUGAUCAUAUUGUAUUUUUUAGCAUUAAAGAUUCAGUUUUA